CAAUAUAAAUGUGAUUACUGUAUUAUGUUGUAUCGUUACCUUAUUUUAAUGUUACUUGAAUAAGCAAUCCUGUUGUACUUUUGAAUUUGUAUCAUACCUUAUUUUAAUGUUACUCGAAUAAGCAACCCUGGUGUACUAUUGAAUUUGUAUCAUAUCUUAUUUUAAUGUUGCUCGAAUAAGCAACCCUGAUGUACUUUUGAAUAUGUAUCAUACCUUAUUUUAAUGUUACUCAAAUAAGCAACCCUGAAUUUUUAAACUUGUAACUGGCGACAUGAAAGUGUAAAGAAAAAUAAAGAAGAGUUCAGUUCGAACGCAACCAUUAAACGAAUCGGUCAUCCCAUGCUACAAUAUUUCAGAAGUGGGAUUCGGGUACAGUAGCAAAGUUUUAACAAAUUUUUUUUUAAAUGGAGUGCAUCGAUGCUAAUAUAUAUACGGCGGCCCAGUUGCGUGAGUGGUUGAAGCGGUUGGGACUCCCGACUCAUGGCAACAAAAGUGCCCUAGCAAUAAGGUUGGGCGAUGUGCCUGCGGUUGAGCGUGGCGAUUGCCCUAGUUUCGCUGGCGAGGAGGUUGAGUCGGUGGGCGUUGGUGAAUCACCUUUGGAGGAGACAGCGGAGCGUGAUUUGGAGACGCAAAAUGAACUCCUGACCAAAGAAGUCGAGCGGUUGAAGCUGGUGAUUGUGCAACUUGGAUCGGGCAGUGUGGUGGGCGGCGCCGCUGGUGUGACAGAGAGGGAUGAUUCAGCGAAUGGCAGAGCUUCGAGUGCUUUGAAUGGCGACGUAACGAAUGUCAGCGCAACAUAUAACAGACAAGCGAACAUACAACAUGCAACGAUUAAUGGCGGCGGCGCUUCGAACGACGGCGGCGCAUUGAACAACGGCAGCAGCGCUUCGAAUGACGGCGGCGCAUUGAACAACGGCAGCAGCGCUUUGAACGACGGCGGCGCUUUAAAAGACAAUGACGCUUUGAACAGCGAUGGCGCUGUAGGUACAGUAAGAAACGAAAAAGAUAGCGCUACGGUAAGGAAUGUCGGUGCUAUACCUUUGGAGAUGGUAAAAGAUCUGUUACCAGAAUACGAAGGUGGGCCGAAUUUCAACAUAUGGAUUCAACAGUUAAGAAGUGCUGGAAAAGUUUUUAACCUUGAUCAUAGCGCGCUGCGCGCUGUAAUGAUAAGCAAGUUGAAAGGUAGUGCAAGAGUGUGGCUGCACGCGAGGCCUCUGUUUAUCACCGAAAAUAUAGACAGCCUUGUUGCAGAAAUGCAAGCGGUGUUUGCACCAACACACAACAAGUUGUUGCUGCGAAAACAGUUUGAAGCGCGCAAGUGGUCGGUUGGUGAAACCUUCCAAAAAUACUACAAUGAAAAAGUUUUACUGUCAGAUCCGUUGAAUAUGGAUGAAUGCGAGCUGAUUGACCAUAUUGUCGAGGGUAUGCCGGACGAGCAGUUACGGAAUCAGGCAUAUAUCCAAUGCUACACUACAAGAGUGCAGCUUCUGCAGGCGUUCGGGAGAGUUGAAUUGAAACGUGACUCGAUGCAGAUGCCUCGCACUAAUGUCAGAUGUUUCAACUGCAACUCAUUUGGACACAUGGCCGUGGCAUGUCGGAAGCCGAAGCGAGAGGUUGGGGCGUGUUAUGGGUGUGGCAGCAUGGAGCAUAAAGUCGCUACGUGUCCAACGAGGAUUCAAAACAACCGUGCAGAUGAGAGCCCAUACAAUGCCUCAUAGACUCAGGGAGCCCAAUAAGUUUUGUAAAACGAUCAUCCUUACCAGAUACUAUUGAAUUUAAUGAUAAUUUUUCAGUUUGUAUUCCAUAUUUUGGUUUAAAUAAAAGUAAAUUAGAAAUGUUUGGUGAAUUUAAUUGUAAUGUUUGUUUUGAAAAUAAAUUUGUCAAUAUAAAUUUGAUCGUAGUGGCCGAUGAGACUAUGGGGUAUGACGUAGUUUUGGGUAGAGACUUUUUCAA